ACGUGGGAAUUCUUCAUCAAACCGAGACGUGCGAGUCGCGCAACGGCGGUGUUUGCAUGAAGUGCCAUGGACACUAUGAUCGUGCGAUGAUGCACUUCUCCUCAGGCGCCGUUGAUAUAUGAAAGGCAUGCCCUACCAGCAAAUGCCUUCCUUCUUUCUCUUCUCCAGGCCAUCGCCAUCGCCGCCCCGGCCGGAUCCAGGGCCCGUCAGGCAUCGUCAACACCACCCGCGAACUUCGAUGCCAACGCCAACAUCGGACCUGGAGGCAGCCAAUUCUCAGACUCAGCCCACUUCCGCGUCUACGGCAACGACGACACCGCCUCCAAAAAGGCCCUGGACAUGCUCGAAGCCGCCUACUCCUGCUUCGUCGAGGACCUCAACUGGCGCUCAUCCAGCCUCUCCUUCAACGACAAAUCCGACUCGGGACCCUGGACCAAAGUCAACGUGUACUCCGUUCCCUCCCUGAGCGGCAACGCCGCCGGCGUCAUGCACUCCGACUUCACAACCGGGAUGUCGUACCUCGAAGUCGUCUCGACCUACCUCUCCGUCCCGGGCGUGACCGUCCACGAAUACGGCCACGGCCUCACCUACCACGCCCGCACCUGGGUCGACCAGUCCCGCACCGGCGCAUGGUGGGAAACCGUCGCCGAAUGGUUCGCCGACACCUACCAAACCUCCCCGCUGUGCGCCUCCGCGCGCACCAAGCACUCCCAACCCACCUCCCCCACCCCCACGGGCGCCAACCUCCAGAAGAUCAUCGGCUCCGCCCACGCCGUGCUCGUCGACGGCUCCGCGGACACGGGGAACUAUUACGAAGCCUGGCCGUUCCUCAGCUACCUCACCUACAACCCAGACAACACCACCGGCCUCGGCGCCGACACAAUCCGCCAGUCGUUCAUCCAGUACAGCGCCGGCAGCAACGAGACGCCGCUUCACACGUUCGCGCGGCUCGCAAACGGCACGGCGAUCCAGGACGUCGUCGGGCGGUACUGGGCGCGCAUGGCGUUCGCGGAUAUCGGACACCCGAGUCUGCAAUCCGUCUUCGACGACCAGAAGGGUAGCAUUGAUUUCGAUAACUUGGACGUACAGGCCGAUGGGUCGUAUAAGGUUAAGGACGCCCGUAAGCCACGCUACAUGGGCGCCAACAUCAUCCCGCUCAAGACCUCAUCCUCCGCUGGACCUGUCUCCGCGAGCAUCAAGAGUACGGGGAAGUUCACGGCUACGCUGUCUAUUCGUAAUGCUGGCGCGGGGACGACGCGGUAUGUGGACUUCGCGGACGGCACUGCGAAGGCGGAGCUGAGUGAGGGGGAGGAGGCGGCGGUCGUUGUGGCGAAUACGCCGGAGCUCGUGCUGUAUGAUCCGUUUAGUCUUACGGAGGAGGUGACGAAGGGGUUGGAGUAUAGUUUGAGUCUUACGGGGGCUACGGCGUGAGUGGGCUUGGGAUGAACAACCUUUGACUAGUUGUUUG